CAUUUCGUCUAAAAUAAGACGCGGCUUAGCUAAGACGCGUCUUAUUAGAUAAGACAUGCUCGUAUAAAUGGUACAGUUCGCGUCUUAUUUUUCUCGUAUAAAUGGCCCUAUUGUCUCUUGGCUUUCUACAGAAAAAUGCCGAAAGGCGUCGACACGAGUCCAUAGAAGAAACAAAACGAGAAUGCGAGAGACAAGCAGCGGCUGAAGCAGCGAGAGUUGCUGAGAUACACAGAAAUAAAUGUGAUGAGUUCAAUGAAAGGUAACGACCUGGUACUUUGAUGAUGCAUAAAACGUCAUUUGCGUAAAAAGCGAGCUCAUGACCGUGGGUUUGUUUACUUUCAGCUAUUCUUUUCACCACGGAUGGCUCUUUGGCUCUUUGGAAGAUUAUUUAAGUAAAAAUGAUCCCGUGUUUGAAUGAAAAUUGUAUCAUCCACAUGCUUGAAUUGCUUUCGUUUAGGUGAGGAUAAGGCCUUAUAGGGGAUACUUCGUGGUCUCUAUCAUAAGGAGCAUGAAUCUAAUUAGCGCUUGGUUAAGGACAUUAAGACGUGAAUUGCACAACGUCUUCAUUCACAAACGAAAAGAGAAUCGACAGGUUCAUUUCAAGUAAUUUUAGAAAACCCAACGCCGGUAGUAACUUUUUAUAAAUAGAGACCGUCUUUUAAUUAUGGUUCUUGUUUCCUUUUUGCAGAAUAAACCAUCUAACCAAACUGUUACGAAACGAGAACACCGAAAAAGUGCGAGUGGAAGAAUCAUUUCAUGUAAGUUCAUAUGCUACAUUUUCUACGUCCCGUUCUUGACCUUUUGAAGACAAAACAGCAAUUUAUACAAAAACGGUCUACACCCUCAAAAGCUCUAAGCCCAUACACCACUGAUUAUAAAAAGUUCGCCGCGCUUUAGCGCAACUGGUUGAUUGACCUUGUAUGACACAGGCUUGGCUAUCAAAAAAAGGUCAAAAGCUGGUAUAAGGCGGAUGUAGGAAGCAACGAUACUCUCAAAUUUGCCACUAGCCUUGAACGAUCUUGAAGGACUGUUGUAAUGCGGAACAAUUAAGGACAACGUCGUCGCGUGCUGCCCAAACAAAAACGACAAUAAAAUUUUUGCCGUUACAGUUAUCAGCAGUUUCGGCAUAGAAACGAGGCAAAGGAUUCAUUUCGUGUUUUCCAAGUACCCCCUUUGCAUGCCUUUUAAACAAGAGAAUAUUUGACCUCGAGCUCAAUUUGAAUAACAGCUAUUAGCUUUAGACUACAAGAAGUCGUCUCUCUUUUAAUUAUAUGUUUUCUCAAAGACGGUACCUGUAAUAGCAAAUGGGAGGUGCAAAUGGCGCGUCGCUUCUCCUCGCGGGAAGCGAUUUCCCACUUCUUUGCGUGUUGCGUUAUCUCAACCAUCUUUCAGAAAAAUAUUAAAGAAUAUGCUUAGUGUGUGUAUUAGCUAUUAGUUGUUUGCCCUCAUAUCUAAAAACUUGCAUAUUUUGUGUGUAUGUAGCUUAGACGAUUAUCAACUGUCCACCUAAACAACUGGGUGAAAAAAUAUUAACAACAUUGCUGCUCGUGGGAUGUUUUGAAUUCUCAUCAAAUCUUAAUUAUAGAGGCAGCGUGACGCCUUAUUCGAUAAUUACUUCGCGCAUAAAACUAGUAAAUUAACUGUUAAUUUAGACACUUGACAGUGUUCCUGUUAAUUUUUUGUUGGUCGUAUUAGCAUGCUUAAAAAGUUUAGAAGUGUUAAUUUUCUCCACACUCUGGAAGAAACAGUGUAAUAUUUUGGCUAGAGUGAUGAAAGUAUGUCGACUGCUUUAUUUUACAAAGAAGGCGAUAUCGCAAAAUUACACCCCUAAAAUUUGAAGUGUCAGUUCCCGGAUGUCAGGCGGCGUAAAUUGAACCAUGUGUUUGUCAUUGUAAGCAUUUCCCGCCAUAUGAUGAAUGUGUCCGUUCUUUUUGGCCAAUCACUGCAAACGAAAGUGACAGAAUCAGCCAAUCAGAACUUAACGGAAAAACAAGGAACUUGCGCAAGCGCGGGAAACGCGGAGCCGCCCACAUAAGCUUGGCGUAGCCGGAUUAGAUUCUUUUUUGUUUCUAAAACAAAGCUUAUAUCUCUAAUAAAAGUUAAGCAUUUUGGCGAAUUAGCUUAGCAAAACCCACCCGAGAAGCUUUUCCCACGUUUUGAUAUUGUUAAUUCCAUUUUUCUCUUCCAAGGGCUUCAUUUUCUUAAUCUGGAGUUGUUUUAAGUUUGCUUAAUUUUUAUGAAGCAUACAGUUUGCUCAUAACUUAUGAAUUAGGUAAUCCAUUGCUAGACGCUAAAAAGAUCACCAAUGCAUGACUGCAGCGUUUGCGUAGGGAAACACAAGGUCCCAUUCGCAGUUCUUUUUUGUCAAAUUACUGCCUCUCUGUUUUCAAACUAAGCAUAUCUGUUAUUUUAAUUUGUGGUAGAUAUUCUAAGUAUUGCUUAAGGCCGCAAAGACGAAAAAUGAUGAUAAUCGAUCGUUUUGCGGAAAUCUGAAAUUAUUAAAUUAAAGGAAAGCUUUCAUCAUUUGAGAAAGUGCCCGAUGAACCUGUCUACCUUUCUAUCACUGUUGUCCGUAUUUUAGAAAAAGAGGAAUUCUAAUAAAGAAUUAUCUCUCCAUCUAGGAAAUGAAAGAAGACUACAAGAGAUUUCAAGAUUAUACUAAAGGAUUUAAUUCUGAUUAUCUUAUGAAAUGAAAGCGGUCAGACGAUGUCGGAACUUAGAAGGAUAAACACUAAUUUAUUUUUAUGAACAAAUCGUUUCUGCUUAGGGCUAAAUUCCAUCGGUUGAGGUUGUUUUGUCGCCGUAUAUUAAAUAAGGAAAUUGUAUCUCUUGUCAGCUAAGUGGAUCGAUUUGCAAAUUUCAAAGGAAGGCGACAAUUUUGUGUUACGGUUUAUAAUACAAGUGAAAACCACCACAUUUCUUUUGGAUUUAGUGGUUUUCUUUCGAUUAACUCUAGUUUGGGAAGUUAUUUAUUUGAAACUGUCUUUGCUUCCCUAAAAUAAAAUUUAUAAAUGAGGAAAAAGGUAUGAAUGGCCACAAAUAGACAAAACUCAAUAAACAAUUUUUAAC